AUGUUCUCAAUCGCGACAGCACCAGCCAAGCAGUCUGCUACGGAUACCAUCUCCGUUCUAAGCGGUCGGCUAGGCUCUGCCACUCUGUUAGAGGACCGCCGCGCCGCAAUCUUGGGGCUUCGGAGCUUUGCGAAAGAAUUUCCAGCGACGGUAUCGUCUAGCGCUUUGCGAGGACUCAUUGGGAGCCUCGCAAAGGAUGGCGAGGAUGUCGAUACUGUGAAAGUUGUGCUGGAAACGCUGCUUAUGCUCUUUACCCCCAACGAAGAUAGUCCCGAAGCCUCUGACGAGGUUGUCCUGUGGCUUGCUGAUGAGUUUACACAGCGCCAAGAAAAUGUCACCUUGCUUCUCGACUUCCUCGAAACGACCGAUUUCUACUCUCGCUUAUACUCCUUGCAACUUCUGGGAGCAAUCCUCUCUGCCCGAACCGAGCGAACAGAGGAAUGCGUGUUUACUGCGCCGCUAGGAAUCCCGCGCUUGGUUGCUGCUCUUGACGAUCAACGCGAUGCCAUCCGAAAUGAAGGCAUCAAUCUUCUUACGAGUCUAACUCCAGCGUCAAUCGAUAUACAGAAGCUCGUCGCUUUUGAAAAUGCGUUCGAGAAACUAUUCGCAAUAAUUGAGUCUGAUGGCUCCUUAUCUGAAGGAGGACGAACCGUCGAAGAUUGUCUCAUUCUGUUAGCGAAUCUACUGCGCCGCAAUGCCUCAAACCAGACGCUGUUUCGGGAAUCUGGAUGUAUGAAGAAAUUGGCGGAUUUGUUGCAUAGUGUCUUGCAGCAUGGAGAUGGCAACGACGUGGCAAUCUGGGCCCAGUCGCAAAAAAAUAGGAAUUUAUACGCAUUUCUCGCAAUCCUGCGACUGCUUCUUACACCUGGCUCCGCUGGCGUUUCGCAUAACCAAAAGUUGCUGUGGAAGCACGGACUCUGCGCUGACGUUCUUCAUUUGGCAUUCAGCCAAGAUAUCCAGAUGGAAAUCAGAGCCGAGGCCUUGACCGCUUGCGGUGAUAUGAUUCGUGACUCGGCAGCGUUGCAGGAGAGCUUUGCCCAGCUUAGCGUCUGGCGGUCUGGGAGGAGUCGCCUUGCCUCGAAAGAACAUGGAGAUUCACAAGUAUACGUCAUUGACGGAUUACUCGAUCUUAUUCUAAACCUGCAAGAUAGCGCCGCCUUUAACGUCCGUUAUGCGGCUAGCGAGUGUUUAAAGGCUUACUUUUCUAAUCAUCUGAACGUCCGACUGCAUUUUCUGGCAAGAGCUAUCGAAGGCUAUCUGACAGGUGGCGAGGAGACAACUAAUGCAUUGUCCGUUUUGCUGGCACCCUCUGCUGAGCAAUCGGCAAGCGAUCCAUAUCGCCUAUGGUUUGCUGCAGUAAUUACACUUCACUUGCUGUACGACAAUUCUUCUGCCAAAACGAAGGCUCUCUCUCUUACUGAAGGUGAUGCCGCGGAGGACGAGGAACUUGUGACGAGCAUCCAGACCGUUACAGCACAUCUCUUGACAGGCAUUCGGCGAGGCGACGAUGCACGCAUCUCUGUCGCUUACCUGAUGCUACUGACAAUAUGGUUAUUCGAAGAUUUAGAUGCGGUUAACGACUUCCUGUCCGAGGGAAGCAAUGUACAGAGCCUAAUUCAAUCAAUCUCGCAGCCUGUCAUGGAGGGGAGCGAACUAGUUCAGGGACUCUGUGCUAUGCUUCUCGGUAUUGCCUAUGAGUUCUCUACCAAGGAUUCACCAAUGCCAAGAACGGCAUUACAUUCUAUCCUGGCUACUCGGCUAGAUCGAGAGCAAUUUCUUGAUCGACUCCUCAGACUGCGUUCACAUCCAUUGCUACGAGACUUCGAAACAAUACCGCAGAGAAGAGAUCCGGCGUUGCCUAGUGGUCUGGCGGACGUAUUUUUCGACUCGGUAUUCGUCAAUUUCUUCAAAGACAACUACAGCCGCAUUGCGAGAGCUAUCGACAGAAGCCCUGAGCUUGAGAUUUCUGUCAUCACUAAUGGUGUUCAGAAAGGAAUCUCCAGAGAGCUUGUAGAUUCCCUGCGUGAGCAAAUACACGAGAAGGAUAAGGCUAUCGAGGAGGCGAAGAUAGCUUCUGAGUCCCAAUCGUCACGUCUUGCCCAGGAGCAAGGAGAGCACCGCCGCUUCAAGGAAGAAGCGAAUAAAGAACUGCAGAAAGCACAGGAGGAAGCCAGACGAGAAAUUGCGGCUGCAAUGGCAGCGCGAGAGGGACUCCGGAAAGCUCAUGAGGCAGAAAUCAGGAAACUACAAAGCAUCUUUUCUGCAAAAGACAUCGAGAACCAGAAGCAAAUUGCAGCUGCGAAGUCCGUUAUGGCAACGAAGGAAGCAGAACACGAGAAGAAAAUUGCAUUUAUGAAAGCAGCCAUUGCUGCCAAGGACUCGGAUCUGGAGAAGAAAUUAACUGCAAUGAGAAAAAUGGCCCAAAUAGAGUCAGAACAUACCAAAAGACGCAACGAUGGAGAAAAUGCCGACCUCCACGCAACGAUCAGAAGCCUGGAAGCCUCUUUACAGAAGAUCGAAUCAACACUGGCAACGAGCACAAAGGAAAAGGAGAGCGUUCAAUCUGAACUGGAUGACCUGCUAAUAGUGUUCACUGACUUGGAAGAUCAAGUGGCAAAGCAAAAGAAACGCCUUCGAGAACUUGGCGAACCAGUGUCAGACGGUGAAGAAGAUGAAAGCGAUGGAGAGGACGAUGGAGAGGACGAUGUCGACUAG